AUGGACGUGGACGUGGACGUGGACGUGGACGUGGACGUGGACAUGGACGUGGACGUGGACGUGGACGUGGACAUGGACGUGGACGUGGACGUGGACGUGGACGUGGACGUGGACAUGGACGUGGACAUGGAUAUGGACGUGGACGUGGACGUGGACAUGGACGUGGACGUGGACGUGAACGUGGACGUGGACAUGGACGUGGACGUGGACGUGGACGUGGACGUGGACAUGGACGUGGACGUGGACGUGGACGUGGACAUGGUCGUGGACGUGGACGUGGACGUGGACGUGGACAUGGACGUGGACGUGGACGUGGACGUGGACGUGGACGUGGACAUGGACCUGGACGUGGACGUGGACAUGGACGUGGACGUGGACGUGAACGUGGACAUGGACGCGACGUGGACGUGGACAUGGACGUGGACGUGGCGUGGACGUGGACAUGGACGUGGACGUGGACGUGGACAUGGACGUGGACGUGGACGUGGACGUGGACGUGGACUGGACGUGGACGUGGACGUGGACGUGGACGUGGACAUGGACGUGGACGUGGACGUGGACGUGGACGUGGACGUGGACGUGGACAUGGACGUGGACGUGGACGUGGAGAUGGACGUGGACGUGGACGUGGACAUGGACGUGGACGUGGACGUGGACGUGGACAUGGACAUGGACGUGGACGUGGACAUGGACGUGGACGUGGACGUGGAUGUGGACGUGGACAUGGACGUGGACGUGGACGUGGACGUGGACAUGGUUGUGGACGUGGAC